AUGAAAAACACACAGCUACAAACUCUACAGAAACAUCUGGAUGAAAUAAACAAGACAAUGUCUGACAUCAAGGAUGAAAUUGAUUCAAUUAAUACUGUUGUAGACUCCAAUGUAAUUUCAGAGACUUUUGAAUUUGCAUCUGUUCAAAUAAGAAGAUAUAAAAAUCUCCCAGAAAAAAUUGUGUCAUAUUUGCCAAAAUUCACACAAGACAGAAUUCAAGGAGAAGAUCUCAGCGAACUGUUUGGAACUUUAUCACGGAGCUCCCUUACAUCAGAUAAACAUGGCUACAGCAUGAAGACAACACAAAAAUCACCAGAAGCUGAAUUCUCUCCUCCAGUCAAACAACUGCUUGAUGAACCAGAGACUAUCACCACCACAGACACUGGGUUUGGACAGCUUUUCAAUGUGGCCUGUCUGAGUAAUGAAAAAAUUUGGACAAGUGGCAGUUCCAACACCAUGAAACUCUUCAGCAUCAAUGAGGGACCACUACUCAAGUCAAUCAAAACCAAGUCAGGGAAGACACCAUAUGACAUAGCAGUGACAAAAAGUGGAGAUCUAGUUUAUACUGAUAACAUUGAUAGAAUGUGA